AUGCAGACCCCAGACCAGAGUCCCUGGGUCCCCUUUCCAUUAGACCUCAACUCCAGUAAUGGAGCCACUCCCCUACCUUUCCUUCUCUCCUACUCCCAUCUCUUCAACAUUUCCUCCAACACAUCCACCAUCAGUGCUCCCUUCGAGGGCAGCAGCACUCUGAUGACAGCCAUCAUCUCCAUCACUGUUUUUAUUGUCGGUCUGACCGGAAACACCCUGGCGAUCUACGUGGUCCUGUGCUACACCAAGAUGAAGACGGUCACCAACAUCUACAUCCUGAACCUGGCUGUGGCAGAUGAGCUUUACAUCCUUGGCCUGCCCUUCCUUACCACACAGAAUGUGCUCUCCUAUUGGCCAUUUGGCUCCUUCCUGUGCCGUGUGGUCAUGACUGCUGACUCUCUGAACCAGUUUACGUCUAUUUUCUGCCUGACAGUCAUGUCCAUCGACCGUUACCUGGCUGUGGUUCAUCCAAUCCGCAGCACCAAGUGGAGGCAUCCCCGUGUGGCAAAAGCAGUGAGCGCAGCUGUGUGGGUCGUGUCCUUCAUCGUGGUCCUGCCAGUGGUCAUCUUCUCUGAUGUUCAGGACACAUUUAACUCUUGCAACAUGAUCUGGCCUGAGCCAACAAAUGUGUGGUCAACAGCCUUCAUCCUCUACACGGCUACGCUGGGCUUCUUUGGGCCACUGCUCAUCAUCUGCCUCUGCUAUCUACUAAUUGUUAUCAAAGUGAAGACCUCAGGGGCACGGGCGGGCUUCACAAAACGUCGGCGCUCGGAGCGCAAGGUGACACGAAUGGUGGUGGUGAUCGUGGUGGUGUUUGUGCUCUGCUGGCUGCCGUUCUUCAUCAUGAACAUGAUCAACCUGGUGGUCAUCAUACCAGAGUCAAGCGCCAGUGCAGGCAUCUACUUCUUCACUGUCAUCCUGUCCUACGCCAACUCCUGUGCCAACCCGGUGCUCUACGGGUUUCUGUCGGAGAACUUCAAGCAGAGCUUCAGACAUGUCCUGUGUAUGAGAAGUAUGAAAUGCAAGGCCAGUGGUGUUGAUGACGGAGACCCGAGCGCUCCUCGCACUGAGAAAACCACGGCACAUGACUGCGUUGUGCUCUCCCCUCGUGACCAGGCCUAUCAUGACCCACAGAGCAGCCAGAUCUUUCCCCAGCCUGCAGAUAUGCCUACCCCUCUCACAGCUGCUGACCUUCACUGCUUCAGCCAUCCAAGUCUGUCUGCCUCUGCCCGUGCAGGAAUCGGACCAAGCAUGACGGUAACCCCCAUGGUAACCCCGCCUGAACUUCCCACCAUCACUGCCCUGGGGACUCCGUCCUCCUCUGCAUCUGCAACUUCUCAGCAAGAGUAA